UUCUGUACUGACUGGAUUGUCAACUGAUGUGUUAUAAUCUCGCGAUAACAGUCGGAUUCCCUGCGUGUGCCAUUUACAGCGUCGCGCGGAGAAGAGAACGGUUGAAAGGUGACCGUUGACCGAUCAGAGCGGUACUUGUUGAUUAUUACCCACCAACCUGCCGUGUAUCCAGACCAGCAGCAGGAUGGCAGAUGACCUGGAGAUUGAGGCGAUGCUCGAGGCUCCGUACAGGAAGGAUAAAAUGAAAAUCGCUGCUGUCGGGUUUGUGACCUCGCUGCAGCCAAUGGAGAACCAGAAAACACCGCCAUGCUGUUGGACGAAGAUCAUUUAUAAGGAGGACACCAAGACCACGAGCCCCGACGGACAGGAGGAGCACAGCAAGAGCUGCAGUCAUGACAGGAAGCGCAGGAGUCGAGACAGGAAGAGGAGUCAGAGUCGAGAGUGUAAACGCAGUCACAGCAGAGACGGAUGGAGAAACCGCAGCAGAGAGAGAGGAGGUCACUACAGAGACCACCAUAAGUACCGCUGGCAGUCCAGGAGUAAGAGUCCCUUUAGGAAGGAGAAGAGUCCCAACGGGCUGCCCAUGGAUAACCUGACCCCAGAGAAGCGAGAUGCCCGUACAGUGUUCUGUAUGCAGCUCGCAGCCAGGAUUCGAGCUCGGGACCUGGAGGAAUUCUUCUCUGCUGUGGGGAAGGUUCGGGAUGUAAGGAUGAUCUCAGACAGGAACUCCCACAGGUCGAAGGGCAUCGCUUACAUCGAGUUUGUGGAGGCAAAUUCAGUUCCUCUGGCUAUCGGACUGACGGGGCAAAGGCUGCUGGGAGUUCCCAUCAUCGUACAGGCCUCGCAGGCAGAGAAGAGCCGAGCAGCAGCAGCAGCAGCAGCAGCCGCCAGCAACCUGCAGAGAGAAACGUCAGGGCCAAUGAGGUUGUACGUUGGUUCACUGCACUUCAACAUCACAGAGAAGAUGCUCAGAGGGAUCUUUGAGCCAUUUGGACAGAUCGAGAGCAUCCAACUGAUGAUGGACAAUGAGACCGGAGGCUCUAAGGGCUAUGGCUUCAUCACUUUUGCAGAUGCAGAAUGUGCUAAGAAAGCUCUGGAGCAGCUGAACGGCUUUGAGCUGGCAGGCCGGCCUAUGAAGGUGGGCCACGUAACAGAGCAGAUUGAAGCCUCCGGUGCAUCCUCCUUCUUUGACAACGACGAGCUCGAACACCCUGGCAUCGACCUGGGAACCAGCGGACGCCUGCAGCUCGUAGCCCGACUCACAGAGGGUACAGGUCAGAUCCCUCCAACUGCUCAGCAGGCUCUGCAGAUGAGUGGAGCUAUGGCAAUAGGGGCCAUGGCUGCUGUGUCAGCCACUCUGAACCCAGCUCUCACCAUGAGCAUGAACUCUGCUGCUCUGAAUCUGCCCUCUCAGCCACUCGCCACGCACUGCUUCCAGCUGUCCAACAUGUUCCACCCCAACAGUGAGGACACUCCUGGGUGGGAGGUCGAUAUCCAGCAUGAUGUUAUUGAGGAGUGCAACAGACAUGGAGGAGUGGUUCACAUCUAUGUCGACAAGAACUCUGCUGAGGGAAAUGUUUACAUCAAGUGUCCGUCGAUCCCAGCUGCCAUGGCUGCCGUCAAUGCUUUACAUGGAAGGUACUUUGCUGGGAAGAUGAUCACAGCGGCCUACAUCCCCCUACCUACCUACCACAACCUGUUCCCAGAGUCUGUCACCGCCACACAGCUGCUGCUGGCCCCACCACCUCGGCGGUGACUCACUAGCAGUGCUGCCCUCUGAUUGGAAACUGGACAUGAGUCUGCCUCUCUUUUAUAACCUCCUUUCCUAUGGGUUGACACAGACAAGUCAGUCCUGAUCAAUGGCAGCAACAGAUGCUGUUUGUUUGUUUUAGUCAGGACACACUCAAGUUUCCUGUUUAUUCUCAUUUCCGUUUUUAUGAAUAUUGUCCAAUGAUUGAGCUCCGUGACCUAUGAGGAGGCUGGCUUAUGAAGAUGUAGUCAGCUGAUUGGUUGGUUGAAGCCGUUUGGUAUUUAACUCUUUUCUAAUCAAGAGUUGGUUUUGUAAAAUCAUUGAUUAAAUUUUAUUUUGAAGUCAUUAAGA